AUGCCGGACCUAUCCAACAACAACUUCAAUCGUGAACUUCUUUCCAAGUUGUUAAAGAGUUGCUACGCCAUGAAGGUCAUCGUUGGUCAAGAUAACUUGGCAUAUUUGAGUCUUUUUAAAUGGCUUGAUCUAUCUUCUGUUUCAUUCAAUGAAGGUAUGGAUCAUGCGAUGACAUUAAUGAGUAAGGGCACGGAAAGAGAAUAUGUGAAGAUUCCGGAUGUCCUCAUGGCGAUUGACUUCUCCAAUAAUAAGUUCGAAGGGUUCAUUCUUGAACUCAUUAGAGAUCUAAAGUCACUUCGUAUGCUCAACCUUUCAAACACUUUCCUGAUUGGUAGCAUCCGUCCGUCCUUGGCCAACCUGACAGUGCUUGAAUCACUAGAUCUAUCGUGGAACAAACUUGUGGGAGAGAUUCCUCAACAAUUAGCCCGCAUCACAUUUCUUUCGUUUUUCGUUGUCUCUCACAAUCGUCUAUUGGGACCCAUACCGCGUGGAACGCAAUUUGACACAUUCGGGAGCAAAUCAUUUGUGAUGAAUGAUGGUUUGUGCGGAAGUCCUCUGCCAAAUAAAUGGACAAAUGGUGACAACGCUCCACCACCACCAUCGUUCAUAGUGGACAAUGAAGAAGAGUGUCUAUUCGACUUGGAUUGGAGAAUCGUGUUGGUUGGCGCUAGAGUCGGGUUUUUGGUUGGUAUUGUGCUAGAGAACUUGAUCAUUGACGAGAAGAGUAGGUGGUUCUUGCACUACUCCAAGAAAAUGGCAAAUGGAUGGAAAAGGUUAGGAAAGCUCUGGUAG